AUGAGGACGCCAUCGUUGGACGCUCGACUCUCAGAUACAUGCGUUGGCACAUCUGCAGCUCCAACUUAUCUUCCUGCACAUUAUUUCAAGAACCAAUAUAAACAAGGCAGUGCAUUAGUUGCCAUCAACCAAAUUACGAAACAGAUUUUGGAUGGAAACCCAGAUUUCUUCCCAAUUAAGCCUAUGGAUUAUGGACGCUUUUUAGUCAUCUCAGUGGGCACUGGCUCGUCAAAGGCACAGAAGAAAUACAGUGCUCAAAAGGCAGCCAAAUGGGGAGUUUUAGGAUGGUUGUUGAACGGAGGUUCCACUCCAAUGGUAGAUGUUUUCACUCAAGCCAGUGCUGAUAUGGUGGAUUUACAUAUUUCCGUUGUUUUUCAAGCAUUUCAUUCUCAGGAAAACUACCUUAGAAUUCAAGCCAUCAGGACGCCAUCGUUGGACGCUCAACUCUCAGAUAUAUGCAUUGGCACAUCUGUGGCUCCAACUUAUCUUCCUGCAUGUUAUUUCAAGAACCAAUAUAAACAAGGGGAUGUGCAAGAGUUCAACCUUGUAGACGGUGGUGUUGCUGCCAAUAAUCCGCAGCCUCUCUCCCAGGCCACCCCCCUGUCCCCCAGUUCCGCCAGUGACUCCCACGGGCUCGAGCUCGACAAUCACGGCACCACUCUUCGUGCCCGCGCCUGCACCGUUCCAGCUUCCAAGCUUCACCCCCUCCUCCUCACUAGUCACUCCUUCCAGCCAGUGCUCGGUGCUCCAGUGCCUAUCCUCCCAGUUCCGCCAGCAGACUCUAAGUUAGUUUCUAAACACAGGCAUUUUUAUAUAAAUAUGAAGAAGGCUUCAUCCUCAGUUCAGAUACAACCCCCUACUUAUGGAGAUCUGAUAACAAUUCUGAGCAUUGAUGGGGGUGGUAUUAGAGGAAUUAUUCCUGCCACUAUCCUUGAAUAUCUUGAAUAUCAACUUCAGGUGCUUGACGGCGUAGACUUGCAGAUUACUUUGAUAUUAUUUGGCUUACUAGGAUUGGUCAGAAAACUAUUGAAACCUAUAGUUGGACCAAAGUACGAUGGAGAGUACCUUCACAAUGUUAUCAAGGAGAAACUUGGCGAGACUCGACUGGAUGAGACAUUAACUAAUUCUGUCAUUCCAACAUUUGACAUCGAAAAUUUGCAACCUAUUGUUUUCUCCACAUAUUUACUUGAGGCCUCUCAAUCAAUUCAAGGGCCUUAG